AUGGCGUCGGAGUGCUCCUUGGCCCAUGGCGUCUCCCUCCCCGCGCACCGGCCGCCCCUCGCCUUCUUCACCUCCUGCAGGCUGCGGCACGGCACCGUGUGCACGAGGGCGAACCAUAGAGUCGUGGCGGCGGCGAGGCCGGCGGGCGCAGUCAGGAGGAUGCUUGGCUCAGCCAGGGCACGAUACGGCGGCGCCGGGGUAGCGGCGUUGCGGUCGGAGCGGUCGGAGGAGGUGGACGCGGUCCCGCCGUCGGUGCCGGUGCGCGUCGCCUACGAGCUGCAGCUGGCAGGACACCGCUACCUCGACGUCAGAACGGAGGAUGAGUUCGGUGGUGGGCAUCCGGCAGGAGCGGUGAACAUCCCCUACAUGCAUAGCACCGGCUCAGGAAUGGCCAAGAACUCACACUUUCUCGAGCAAGUGUCGGCGAUCUUCGGCAGGGACGAUGAGAUCAUCAUCGGAUGCCAAAGUGGCAAGAGGUCACUCAUGGCAGCAGCCGAACUCUGCUCCGCUGGCUUCACUGCCGUGACCGACAUCGCCGGAGGGUUCUCGACUUGGAGGGAGAACGGACUGCCGGUCAAUGGACGGUGGCAACGCAGUCAACAUCAUAAUUUGUCUUAG